AUGUUCCGACAAUCCAGGAGGGAGGCGCGGGGACGUCCGCGCCGACAACCCAGCCGACAAUCCAGGAGGGAGACGCAGGGACGUCCGCGCCGACAACCCAGGAGGGAGGCGCGGGGACGUCCGCGCCGACAAUCCAGGAGGGAGGCGGGGGGACGUCCGCGCCGACAACCCAGCCGGCAACCCAGGAAGGAGGCGCGGGGACGUCCGCGCCGACCAUCCAGGAGGGAGGCGCGGGGACGUCCGCGCCACUCGCACCGCCAACCCUGCAGGGAGGCGGCCGUGGUGGCGGACCCGACCCCCAACGGAGGCGCAUGCAAUGGGCGGACGUCCUGCCGUUGCUCCGGCGUGCCACGCGCGGUAUGGGAGAUAGGCACGGCCCGAGGGAGCCCGCGCCCGAUCCGCCCACUGGCCCGGACGGCGAUCCUCCCACUGCCCCGGACGGUGAUCCACCCACUGCCCCAGAGGGCCAGGGCAACAAUUGAUAAAGAACCGUCCUUUUUCCACUGCCAUCCACUGCUCCCCUUUCCGCAGCUCCGCUGGGACAGGCCGCUGGCGCCCUGGUGCCUCCGACAAAGGGCGGCCAUGGGAGAUAGGGCCGGCCGGAGGGGGCCUGUGCCUGAUCCGCCCAAUGCGCCACAAAGUCAGGACGACAAUUAAAAAAGGGACCUGAUCCCGCACGGAGGCACGUGCGAUGGGCGGAUAUCCUGCCGUUGCUCCGGCGUGUUAUGGGAGAUGGGCGCAACCCGAGGGGGCCCACGCCCGACCGUCCCACUGCCCCAGACGCUGCGGGCGACAAAUGAAUUAAUUUGUGUCAAGUUGAUAAUUGUUGUCAGUAAUUGUUAUUUUGAUAAUUAAGUUGUUGUUCAAUAAAAAGUUCAAAUGAAAGAAAAAUGCUGUCAAUAAAUAUUUGUUUGUCAUAUUGGUAUUGAAAAUUGGUCC